CUCCGUCCUAGGUGCUGUCUCUCCAGCCUUCCCAGCCCCGCACACAGGCUGAGGGGCUCAGCUGGCCUCUGACUUGCCCUGAGACAUCAGGUGGUACCGAUCACUGGAACAGGUCCCAGUGAGAGAGCACUUGUGGGGUGCUGCACCUGCUUGUUAGCGCCUCUCGCCCCCACUGCAGCCCUGGAAGGGGACGCAACUCACCCAGGGCCCUUAGGUGCCUGGUGCCAGAAGCUGGUUCCCGCACCGCUGCCAGCCUUCCGGCCUGUGCUGACUGGCAUCCUGUAAAGCGGGAGGAAGCCUGAUGUCCCUGAUCUUUCUUGCUUCCUGGUCCCGGUGCCACCGAGGCUCCAUGCCUGGUUGCCCUGGUCACUCUGCAAAAGCCUCAGGACGGGACCCCAUCUAGAUGUGGUAUAUUUAGAACCACGAAUUCUGUUGGCUGCCUCAGCUCUGCCCCGUGCUAGGCGGGGCCUCGGGGCCACCGUGGGCUUGGCCGAGUGACUCUGGGGCGCCUCCCUGCCCGGCACCCACCUCCUCAGCUCUGGCACUGAGAAGAGACCGAUGGCAUCCGCAGACUGGUGGUGGUUGGGGGAGAGGCUGCUACCCCCUGCCUGCCCCGCUGACCUGCCCUCGCAGGCCCCACCCCGAGCCUCUGCUCCCUCCCGUGCACCACCUGGGUAGCCUGCCCCUUUCCAGACUCCGGUUUUAUGAGAUGUCUGCGGCCAGCCGGACGUCUAAAGACUGGAUUCCUAAGUUCCAGCGUCCCUUGGGAAAACAGGGGUUCGAGACCAUAAAGACCUGGACCUGAGUCCUGCCCUUGCCACUUUAUGGUCUGUAAAUCUGCUUUUUUUUUCAAGUGGGAGCGUACCCACCCCGCUGGACUAGGAAAUGACAGAGGCGACCCUGUUAUCAGUUCAGGGUCUUCAGGUAACAGCUGCUGUGAUCCUCGGCCUCCGAAUCGCGUCCUCCCUUCGAGAAGGAAGGGGCCUGGCCUUCGGGGAGCACUCAUCCCGUGCAGAGCUUUGCACUGGCCAUUUUAAGGCUGUCUGGUACCAUUGUAUUUGCGAUGUCUGGCACCGGAGCCAGAGCCCCGUGUGGCUGUUUACGUUUCAUGCAGUAGAAAGAGUUAAAUACAGUUGAGCACACUCACUCCUCACCGUGGCCACGUUUCCAGCGCUCGGUCGUCGCACGGGGCCUGCGGCUGCAGUGUGGGCAGUACGGAUACAGGACACGUCCGUCACCGCGGAAGUUCUUCCGGACGGUGCUGCACUGUGUUGUCACCCCACUUCACAGGUGCAAAGCUGAGGACCAGAUCAGUGGCACGACACACCCGGAGUCCCGGAUGGAGGAGAGGGAACUGGGGGCAAAGCUGGGCCCUCCUUAUGCCAGCUCAGAGACGUGCCCUGUCAUGAGCCCUCCGUGAGCUCCUUAUUGGCAAGGACUGUGUCUGCUUGUACCCCAUGCCCAGCCUGAGGCCGGCCCCAGGGUGGGCAUUUGGGACAGUGUCUGCUGAGUGGGUGGUGGAAUGAACAACGGAGUGAGCACCGCCUGCUGAAACUUGGGGGCGCACUUACCUCCCCUCCUGCAGGAGGCACAGAGCCAGCUGCUGAGGAGUGAUGGAUGGCCCCUCUCCAGAGAUAAAUGUGGCAGUCAAGCCCUGCUGUCCUCCUGGUGCGAGGAGCUCGGCCGCCUGCUGCUUCUCCGACAUCAGAAGAGCCGCCAGAGCGACGCCCCCGGGAAACUCCCCAUGCAGCCUCCCCUCAACUCCAUGAGCUCCAUGAAACCCACUCUGUCGCACAGUGAUGGGUCGUUCCCCUAUGACUCUGUCCCUUGGCAGCAGAACACCAACCAGCCUCCCGGCUCCCUCUCCGUGGUCACCACGGUUUGGGGAGUGACCAACACAUCCCAGAGCCAGGUCCUCGGGAACCCUAUGGCCAAUGCCAACAACCCCAUGAAUCCAGGCGGCAACCCUAUGGCAUCGGGCAUGACCACCAGCAACCCCGGCCUCAACUCCCCCCAGUUUGCUGGGCAGCAGCAACAGUUCUCGGCCAAGGCCGGGCCCGCUCAGCCCUACAUCCAGCAGAGCAUGUACGGCCGGCCCAACUACCCCGGCAGCGGAGGCUUCGGGGCCAGCUACCCCGGGGGUCCUAACGCCCCCGCAGGCAUGGGCAUCCCUCCGCACACCAGGCCGCCCGCUGACUUCACUCAGCCGGCGGCUGCUGCCGCGGCAGCUGCAGUGGCGGCGGCGGCGGCCACAGCCACGGCCACGGCCACGGCCACUGUGGCAGCCUUGCAGGAGACGCAGAACAAGGAUAUAAACCAGUACGGACCGGUCUGUUCCUCUUUCCAGAUGGGUCCCACCCAGGCGUAUAACAGCCAAUUCAUGAACCAGCCCGGGCCGCGGGGGCCUGCCUCCAUGGGGGGCAGCAUGAACCCCGCAAGCAUGGCGGCUGGCAUGACACCCUCGGGGAUGAGCGGCCCUCCCAUGGGGAUGAACCAGCCCCGGCCGCCCGGCAUCAGCCCCUUUGGCACCCAUGGGCAGCGGAUGCCCCAGCAGACCUACCCGGGGCCCCGGCCCCAGUCCCUGCCUAUUCAAAGCAUAAAGAGGCCAUACCCGGGAGAGCCCAACUAUGGAAACCAGCAAUAUGGACCAAACAGCCAGUUCCCCACCCAGCCAGGCCAGUACCCUACCCCCAACCCCCCACGGCCGCUCACCUCUCCCAACUACCCCGGGCAAAGGAUGCCCAGCCAGCCGAGCACGGGGCAGUACCCACCCCCCACGGUCAACAUGGGGCAGUAUUACAAGCCAGAGCAAUUUAAUGGACAAAACAACACCUUCUCGGGAAGCAGCUACAGUAACUACAGCCAGGGGAAUGUCAAUAGGCCUCCUAGGCCGGUUCCUGUGGCAAAUUACCCCCACUCACCUGUUCCAGGGAACCCCACGCCCCCCAUGACCCCCGGGAGCAGCAUCCCCCCGUACCUGUCCCCCAGCCAAGACGUUAAACCACCCUUCCCGCCUGACAUCAAGCCAAAUAUGAGCGCUCUGCCACCACCCCCAGCCAACCACAAUGACGAGCUGCGGCUCACGUUCCCUGUGCGGGACGGCGUGGUGCUGGAGCCCUUCCGCCUGGAGCACAACCUGGCUGUCAGCAACCACGUCUUUCACCUGCGGCCCACAGUCCACCAGACCCUGAUGUGGAGGUCCGACCUGGAGCUGCAGUUCAAGUGCUACCACCACGAGGACCGGCAGAUGAACACCAACUGGCCGGCCUCGGUGCAGGUCAGCGUGAACGCCACGCCCCUCACCAUCGAGCGCGGGGACAACAAGACCUCCCACAAGCCCCUGCACCUCAAGCACGUGUGCCAGCCGGGCCGCAACACCAUCCAGAUCACCGUCACGGCCUGCUGCUGCUCCCACCUCUUCGUGCUGCAGCUGGUCCACCGGCCCUCCGUGCGCUCCGUGCUGCAAGGCCUCCUCAAGAAACGCCUCCUGCCCGCGGAGCACUGUAUCACGAAAAUCAAGCGGAAUUUCAGCAGCGUGGCUGCCUCGUCAGGCAACACGACCCUCAACGGAGAGGAUGGCGUGGAGCAGACAGCCAUCAAGGUGUCUCUGAAGUGCCCCAUCACAUUCCGGCGCAUCCAGCUGCCUGCUCGAGGUCACGACUGCAAGCACGUCCAGUGCUUUGACCUGGAGUCGUACCUGCAGCUGAAUUGUGAGAGAGGGACCUGGCGGUGUCCUGUGUGCAAUAAAACGGCUCUGCUUGAGGGCCUGGAGGUGGAUCAGUACAUGUGGGGCAUCCUGAACGCCAUCCAACACUCCGAGUUUGAAGAGGUCACCAUCGACCCCACGUGCAGCUGGCGGCCAGUCCCCAUCAAGUCAGACCUGCACAUUAAAGAUGACCCAGAUGGCAUCCCCUCCAAGCGGUUCAAGACCAUGAGUCCCAGCCAGAUGAUCAUGCCCAACGUCAUGGAAAUGAUCGCAGCCCUGGGCCCUGGCCCAUCCCCCUACCCACUCCCGCCUCCACCGGGGGGCGCCAACUCCAACGAUUACAGCAACCAAGGCAACAACUACCAGGGCCAUGGCAACUUUGACUUCCCCCACGGAAACCCUGGCGGGACGUCCAUGAACGACUUCAUGCACGGGCCGCCCCAGCUCUCCCACCCCCCGGACAUGCCCAACAACAUGGCCGCCCUCGAGAAACCCCUCAGUCACCCCAUGCAGGAAACUAUGCCACACGCUGGCAGUUCUGACCAGCCCCAUCCCUCCAUACAACAAGGUUUGCACGUCCCACACCCCAGCAGCCAGUCAGGGCCUCCAUUACAUCACAGUGGGGCUCCUCCUCCUCCUUCCCAGCCUCCCCGGCAACCGCCACAGGCCGCUCCCAGCAACCAUCCACACAGCGACCUGACCUUUAACCCCUCCUCAGCCUUAGAGGGUCAGGCCGGAGCACAGGGAGCAUCCGACAUGCCGGAGCCUUCGCUGGAUGGUCUUGGGGCCAGAGGAAGCCCGGAAUCAAGAGAAAGCCCCCUGACCUGCCACGAGCCUUCCCGGCUGGCGGGCCGAGGGCCUGUCUCCCCCACACUGGAAAUAAGCGCGGGUGUGCCCCAGGCUAGCCCAGUGGCCUGGGCGCGUUUGAGGCCAGCCAGCACGCUCCUUCCAGAACUCACAAAUCCCGAUGAGCUCCUCUCGUACCUGGAUCCCCCCGACCUGCCGAGCAAUAGUAACGAUGACCUCCUGUCUCUCUUUGAGAACAACUGAAGCCCACCCCUCCACUGGGGCCAUCCCCCCCCACUCUGCCUCCUUCCCCGUCUGUCCCACACACACUUUACCACUGGGAGCCCAUGCCCUCAGACCGCCCCUGCUGCGGCCUUCUCAGAGCGGAGGGGCGGGAGGGUGCACUGUGAAGGCUGUGUGGGUCUGGUGCCCGUGCCCAGAGCAGGCCCUGAAGAUGAGCCUCGAGGUGGGGAACCGGCCCGGCGAGAGGGCACACGCUGACAAAGCCUUCCUGGUCCCUCUGUGUGUGCUGAUUCCAAACGACCCUCCAGUGCCCCCCGAGGUUCUUCCGGUUUCUAAACUGUAACCCUGCCUCCCUGCUUCCUGGCCCAGAGCCUCCUUCAAGUGACUGAGCCUGAGAGAAGGCGCCCCGAGACCCAGGCAGGCCCCGAGCCUUGGAGGAGCAGUGACGGUUGGCAGCAGUGAGAAUGGCCCACCCACCACCACCACCACCACCACCACCACCACAGAAAAGCACAAACCUCUGGGAAAGAGAACUCUCUCAGGGGCCAAGGUCGUCGCUUUGACCCCUGACCUCUAAGCCAAGAUACCCUGUAAACACUCUCUCUCAGAAAGCAGAGAAAAAAAGGACAAGAUUCUGUGUUCGAGAGAGGGUGUGCCAUUCCUGCUUGGGGACCGGUGGGAAAGGGGGUCAGGGCCUCCUCAGAGCCAGGACAGUGCAGCUGGCCCCAUGACCUCUGGACUCAGUCCGGGGCCCGGCCUCGGGGAGCAGAGGGAGAGAGUCCCCAGCCAAAAUUACUGUGCCCUUAGUUGGGGGGCAGGGGGAUGCCGCCAGCCGGAGUCCGAUAGGAACGGCAACUUACAACUUUGCUCCGAGCCACUCCCUGUUUUUCAAUGACGAUUAAGCUACGGAGUCAUCUGAGAAAGGGGACGGUAGACUUGGACGGCAAGCAACCCAUUUCUCUCCACGCGUCCUGUUUCCUCCCUCCUGCCCCCCACCCACGUCUCCCAGACUGUUACGGGGGACACCUGCUUCCCUCUGUCCCACUUCUGCUGUGUCCGCCCCGACAGCCGGGUGGGCCGGUGGAGGGGCGGGGGAGGCUCAGGCGCCUGUGCGGGCAUGGCGCAGGCACCUCUCCGGCCCCCCCCGUCCCGGCUGUCCCUGUGCUCAAGGCUGCCCCAGCUGCACCCCAGUCCGUCACCACACGUGCCGGGAUGUGCCCGCCAGCGUCACGUGGUGUCUCUGUGCCGCACUUGGCUGCCGGCCUCUCCUUCCCUCUGUGUCCCCCUGCCCUGCAAAGCUGCCCACACUCCUGCUCACCGGAGCAGAAGCAGCCUCUGGUCUUUCCCUCCACUGCCUCGCUCCAUCCGGCUUACUGCUCUCGGAGUCUCCCGGGUAGCUUGUGGGGCGUCCGUUUCGUCUGGGGGUCCUCUGUCCCCCUAAGCCGCAUGGCCUGUGAUGCUGCUGGGCCGUCACUUGGGUCACGUCUGUGAAUUCGUUGCGCCCCUCCCUGCUGCUGCCUGGGGUCUCCUGCUUCCCGUCCACUGUCCGUGUUCUCGAGCUCCGUCUCCCCCUGUGGCGGGUGGUCCCCAGCACUCCUCUGGAUUUGACCGGAACGGUGGCCCCAGCUGUUGAUUUCCAGUCACUGUACCAGACAGCCGGCACAAGGUUUUCUGUAGGAAAGCUGCCAUUGUCCCCGCCCCCUUUUCCUUUGUCCCGUUGUCGAGGUUUUUUCAAACAGCGUGGUGUUCAGUAUGCAAAUCAAUUAUUUUGAGAAUUGCUUUUGUAAAUAUCUUUGUGAAUAUUUUAGUAUUGUCUUUGAUAAUAUUCAACAUUUUCAUGACCUGGUUAUAGCCUUUGCUGGUGUUUUUAAAAUACCUUGACUCAACAACGAGACCGAGUCCUUUUUUUUAAAAAACGACAAACAAAAACAAAAAAGCAACCAGGGCUAUUUGUACAGAUGAAGGGACAAAGUACGUGGGUGGCUGUGCCGUGAGUUCGAGCAGGCCGCCCACUGUUCAGAGCCAUCCCCAGUCAGCUGGUGGGGACGAGACGAUGCCAGGUAGCACGCGGCCGUCCUUGCCCAGUGGCCGAUAGCCCUGGCAGGUGGCCACGCUCCUGUGUUCGGCCAUCUGGGAAUGUUCUGCCCCAGACAGACUUACAAAUGCCUUCCUUACAAGUUCCUGCUUCCUGCUGUGGCUACUUUUUCCCAGAAAGGCCUGGGGUCCAUUCUGGUUCUUAUCGGGUGUCCCUGCUCUGCUCACCAACCUACCCACAGCUUUCUAGUACAGAGGGUCGCUCUGCUCCCCACAGCCCGGGCUCUGGGCACCUCCCUCAACCACCUCUGAGGAAGCCAGGGCUCGGCACCCGAGGCAGGUUUCCUGGGGCCCCUCCCAAGCGAACCUCCACCAGCAAGUUGGACAAAGAGCUUUCCCGAACCGUGGUGCCUGAAGCCCGUGCUCUGGGAACGUCCUCUCCCGGAGUGAUUUUGGAGCCAGGCCAGGGGGGUGAGGGAGGCAGAAAGGUGCCCGGGGCCGGAGAGAGCCCCGGUUGGUGACAGAUUCGGGUGACGACAGCCUCCCCAAGCAAGGGCGCUUCUGAACUCCGGUGGGGGGGGAAUGCUUCCCUCAUCCUUUUGGACGACUACUUGGAGCCAUAAGUAACCUCAGCAAAAACGAGGCCUCAGCAAGCCACUUCUCUGUGACAAGCAUCCACCCAGGCCGUAGACACGUUUCUGCUGCCACUCCACAAGACGGACAGGGCGCCAGCGGGCAGGCGGGAAGGCCCCAGUACAGGCAAUCACCCCAUCUCCUUGGUUCGAAGCUUUACCCGUGUAUCAUGUUCCCUGUAGCCAUUUUAUUUUUGAAGACACUUCUAAUCCUUUCUCCCUAAUGAAAGCCCUAACCACCACCCCCCCCCACACCCCCACCCCAGAGAGCUACACGUCUGCUCCCUCGACCUGACCAUCUAGACAGGAUGACGUCAGCAGCAGCGACUCAAGGGACGUGUGUACAUAUGUAAAUGAGAAAUAGAGACACGUUAACAGAUGCAUUCAUUUCCCUUGGAAUGUGUAUUGUUUUUAUUUUACGGAACAAAACAAAACAAACAAACAAAAAAAAAAGGCUUGAAACUCCAUCUUAACGUGAAAAAAACUAGAUCCUGUUAGCGUUUGUGAGGUCUCUCUCCACCUUUGUCUUAUGUAAUAUACUCUGCCCCUGUGUGGAAAGGCAUUUUUGUUCUGUUUUGUUUUUUAUUUUACCUCCAUGUACUAUUUAGCUUCCGGUGUACUGGUCCUGCCACCUGUGUAUUUUUAGGGUGCUAUGGAAAUAAUGAAAAGAAAUGGGGAUUUCAGACGAAAAUUGUAACCAAAUUCAUACUUUGUAUAAUUUUUGAUAUCAUGAUUGCAGGUGAUUCACAUGUCCACACAUAAACACACCCACAGCGCAGCCUGAAGUAACCCCCACAGACAUUGUCAUCGUCUUUGUACAUCUCUGUACAAUGCAACCAUUUCAAACUUUAAACUGGUCAGAAACCUAAUUGUGAUUUCUAGUCUUGCAAAGCUGUAUGUAGUUAGAUGAUGUGACAACCUCUAAUAUUUAUCUAAUAAAUAUGUAUUCAGAUGAAACCUGUAUAUUAGGUGUUCAUGUGGUUAUUUUGUAUUUAAAGAUCAAAUUAUUUGACUAUUGCUAGACAUUUCUAUACUCUGUUGUAACACUGAGGUAUCUCAUUUGCCCAUGUUAAUUGUUUUCUAAAUAAAUUGACAAAAAACGAA